AUAAAGCCACUGUCUUUAUAAAUAUUUUUCUUCCCAUUUCAACUUGUGAAAUAAUGUCAGAAAACGAUUGCUCACCACGCAAGCGUUACUGUAAAGCCGACAAAGAAUACACACAAGGCGACAAUGAUUUGCCUAAGAAACUUAAGAAGGAUAUGAAAGGUAUUUUACUGGGCUAUGGCAACCCUUUGCUGGAUAUCUCAGUACAAGCUCAAGAAGAUUAUCUGGCAAAGUAUGAUUUGAAAGCUGACAAUGCCAUUUUGGCAGAAGAUAAACAUCAGCCUAUGUAUGAAGAGAUUCCAAAUAUUUUUACUGACGUGGACUAUGUACCAGGUGGAGCUGCACUCAAUACCAUCAGAGUAGCGCAGUUGUUGCUUAAAGAACCCAAUGCCACUUCAUUUAUGGGCUGUAUCGCUCAUGACAAGUAUGGUGACAUCCUGACAAAGGAAGCCCGUGAUGUAGGUGUUGAUGUCAAAUUCCAGUACACAGAUAAAGCACCAACUGGAACCUGUGCUGUUAUAUGUACAGGACGAUGUAGAUCUCUUGUGGCCAAUUUAGCCGCUGCAAACUGUUUUUCAGAAGAUCAUCUAGACAAUCCUGAGAUUUGGGCAGCAGUAGAGGCAGCCAAGUUUAUUUAUUUUGGAGGUUAUCCACUCACAGUUUGUCCACAGGCCAUGCUGAGAAUAGCCAAAUUUGCAUCAGAAAACAACAAAACUGUAUUAAUGAACAUGUCGGCACCAUUCUUGUGCACUUUUUUUAAAGAACCUAUGCUCAAGAUGUUACCCUAUGCAGAUUAUUGGUUUGGAAAUGAGUCAGAAGCUUUGGAGUUUGCCAAGGCCAAUGAUUUAGGUACUGAUGAUAUUAAAGAAAUUGCAAUCAAGCUAGCUCAGUGGGACAAGGUGAAUAAAUCUAGGUCAAGGAUAGUAGUCAUAACACAGGGAGUCAGUCCUGCCAUUGUAGCCCAAGAUGACAAAGCUACAGAAUACGAUAUAAUUCCCAUCAAGCAAGAAGAUAUUGUUGAUUCCAAUGGUGCUGGUGAUUCUUUUGUUGGAGGUUUCUUGUCUGAGCUUGUGCAAGGCAAAGAUCUGGAGUCUUGUAUGAAGAAAGGACAUGAAGUUGCCAACAAAUGUUUGCAAAACAUCGGAUGUACAUUCAGAAACACACCACUUUAAUGCUGGCCCAUUCAGCAAUGAUGUCAUUUAGGAUCAUGCCGUUUGAGUAUUAUCAUUCAGAUACAUUGACUCUAUUGGCUUAGUUUUACGGGAUUAUCAUUGACUCUAUUAGCUUAGUUUUAUGGGAUUAUCAUUGACUCUGUUAGCUUAGUUUUAUGGGAUUAUCAUUGGUAGCACUUUUGUCUCUAUCAGUUUUUACACUUAUUUUGUGUGCAAUGUUAUUACAAUUUGUAGAAAUUAUUCAGAUUAAAUUGAUUGUAAAUCAUUAACAUUUUUAAAUGUUAAAUUGUAUAAAAAAAAUUUAAGAUUCCAGACUGUCAGUUUAGAAAAAUAUUGUUACUGGUAUUGCAGUUGUAUAUAAAAAAAAUGAUACAUAGACUAUGGGAACAAGGGAGAUUGACAAAGUAUACUCUUAGUUUUAUGAUAUUUCUAAACUAGUGGUUUCCUUUUAAAGCCAUUUUUUAAAAUAAAACUAGAGUCACAUAUUAUUUUACUGUUGUUAAUUGGUUUUAGUUCAGAGAACUUUUACAAGGUGCUAUCACUGAUGUUGGUUUGAGAACCACUGAUAUCUAGAAACUUGUUCUCUGUUAAUUUCAUUUGUUGCCAAAUGUUCAAACAUACAAAAAUGCCUUUCCAUGUAUCAAGAAUGUUUAUAAACAAUUCAAAUAUCA